GGCGGGCCUGAGCUCCAACUAUUAUAACCGAAGGCUUCUGUCGCCGCUCUUACCCAAAUCGCGCUUUUCACAGACUCAGACUCACAGUUUUUGUGCUCGUUCGUCUGAUUUAUCCGCUGUUCUCGACGCCGCGGCAUCAGAUAGGUUUAAAGGAGAUGCUUAGGAGUAGGGGCUGAGUAGGAGAUGGCUGAUGUGACACAGGAGACGGGGGUGGCUGAGGAGGCAGGUGUGGUUGGGGAUUUGCCCGAUGAGGCGGAGCGGACAGAGGUUGCGGAUGUGGCUGGCAUGGCAGAUGUGUGUUAUGUGGAGGUGGAGAAGGAUGAGGCUUCCACGGUGGGAAUGAGGGAGGUUGCUGAGAAGGGGGAUGUGGCUGACUUGGUGGAUGGGAAGGAGGUUGGUGCAGAGAUGGAGGACAUGGCUGACUUGAAGGAAACGACAAUGGUUGCAGAGGAAGAGGAUGUGGCUGACUUGGCGGAAACGAGGGAGGUUGCAGAGGAGGAUGUGGCUGACUUGGCGGAAACGAGGGAGGUUGCAGAGGUGGCCGUGGCUGACUUGGCAGAAACGACAGAGGUUGCAAAGAAAGAGGAUGUGGCUGACUUGGCGGAAGCGAGGGAGGUUGCAGAGGAGGAGGUUGUGGCUGACUUGGUGGAAAUGACGGAGGUUGUUGAGGAGGAAGAUGUGGCUAAAUUGGCGGAAGUGACAGAGGUUGCAAACGAGGAGGAUGUGGCUAAAUUGGCGGAAGUGACUGAAGUUGCAAACAAGGAGGAUGUGGCUGACUUGGUGGAAAUGAGGGAGGUGGCAAAGGAGGAUAUGGCUGACUUGGUUGAAAUGAGAGAGGUUGCAAAGGAGGAUGUGCCUGACUUGCCAGAAAUGAUGGAGGUUGCAGAGGAGGAGGAUGUGGCUGAAUUGCCGGAGGAGACAUAUGUGGCUGGCCAAGUGGUGGAAGAUGGGGAUUUGCCAGGUCCAGUAGCUGAGGAAACGGAUUUGACAGGCCCAGUGGUUGAGGAGACAGAUCUGGCAGGUGCAAUGGGUGAGGAGACAGAUUUUGCAGGCCCGGUAGUUGAGGAGACAGAUUUAGGUGGCCAUGUGGAUGAGAGAGAGGAAGCAGUAGACGAAGCAAAUGUGGCUCAUGUGGCAAAUGAAACCAUGGAGGCAGAGGAGGACUUGGCAGAGGAGGCCAUGGAGGCAGAGGAGGCCAUGGAGGCAGACGAGAUAGAAGCAAUAGAGAUGACGGAAAUGGCUGAGGAUGCCAUAGAGGCAGAGGAGAUAAUAGAGGCCGAAGAGGAAAUGGAGGUGACAGAGGAGAUGGAGGCGGUGGAGGCGAGUAAGGGAAGUGGUGGAGGGAAGAGGAAGCGUGGCAAGAAUUCUCGGGCCCCAGCAAGAGUCCCAAGGAAGAAGGUGGAAGAGGAUGUUUGUUUCAUUUGCUUUGAUGGGGGUGAUCUUGUGCUUUGCGAUCGCCGGGGAUGCCCUAAGGCGUACCAUCCUUCUUGUGUUAAUCGCGAUGAGGCAUUCUUUCGAGCUAAGGGUCGAUGGAAUUGUGGUUGGCACCUGUGUAGCAACUGUGAGAAGAAUGCCUGCUAUAUGUGUUAUACCUGUACAUUUUCCUUGUGCAAGGCAUGCAUCAAAGAUUCAGUUAUCUUAUGUGUGAGAGGAAACAAAGGCUUCUGCGAGACAUGCAUGAAAACGGUCACAUUAAUUGAACACAAUCUACAAGGAAACAAGGAUAUGGGUCAAGUAGAUUUUGAUGACAAAAGUAGCUGGGAGUAUCUUUUCAAGGAUUACUGGAUAGAUUUGAAAGAGAGGCUGUCUCUGACUUUAGAUGAACUAAAUCAUGCUAAAAAUCCAUGGAAAGUAGCUGACGUAUUUGCUGGUAAACAGGAAUCGCCUGAUGACCUUUAUGAUGCUAAUAAUGAUGAGGGGUCAGAUUCAGACAGUUCUGGGAAUAUAGAAAUCAACAACUCUAAAAGAAGGAGAGCCAAGAAACGGUUGAGGCCCCGUUCCAAGGAGGCUGAUUCACCAGCCCCUGCAACAUCAAGUGGCGCUGAAGGUCCAUCCAUGGAUGACAAUGCUGAAUGGGCAUCAAAGGAGCUCUUGGAGUUUGUUAUGCACAUGAAGGAGGGUGACAGAUCUGUUUUAUCUCAGUUUGAUGUUCAGGCUCUCUUGCUAGAUUAUAUAAAGAGAAACAAACUCAGAGAUCCACGUCGCAAAAGUCAAAUAAUUUGUGACUCAAGGCUCCAAAGUUUAUUUGGGAAACCGCGCGUGGGGCAUUUUGAAAUGUUAAAGCUUCUUGAAUCUCACUUUCUUAUAAAAGAGGAUUCACAGGUUGAUGAUCUUCAAGGGAGUGUUGUUGAUAAUACUGAAGCUAGUCAAUUGGAGACUGAUGGGAACUUGGAUGCCCUAGCAAAGACUGGUCGAGAUAAGAAACGUAAAACUCGUAAGAAGGGUGAUGAGAGAGGACCUCAAUCAAAUGUAGACGACUAUGCAGCCAUUGAUAUUCACAACAUUAAUUUAAUUUACUUAAGACGUAAUUUAGUGGAAGAACUACUUGAAGACAUGGAAAAGUUUCAUGACAAAGUUGUUGGUACUUUCGUGAGAAUAAGGAUUUCUGGUAGUGGUCAAAAGCAAGAUUUGUAUAGGCUGGUGCAAGUUUUAGGUACAUGCAAAGCAGCUGAGCCAUAUAAAGUUGGUAAAAGGAUGGCAGAUAUCUUGCUAGAAAUAUUAAAUUUAAACAAGACAGAGAUCAUAUCAUCUGAUAUAAUCUCAAAUCAAGAGUUCACUGAGGAUGAGUGCAAGCGUCUGCGCCAAAGCAUAAAAUGCGGACUUAUCCAUCGGCUGACUGUGGGAGACAUUCAGGAGAGAGCAAUUGCACUCCAGGAGGUCAGAGUCAAAGAUUGGCUGGAAACGGAGAUUGUGCGACUCAGUCAUCUUCGUGAUCGAGCUAGUGAAAAAGGGCGUAGGAAGGAGCUUAGAGAAUGUGUAGAGAAACUACAGCUUCUCAAGACACCUGAGGAGCGCCAGCGCAGACUGGAGGAAAUUCCAGAAAUACAUGCUGACCCACAUAUGGAUCCAAGUUAUGAGUCGGAAGAAGAUGAAGGCGAAACUGAUGAUAAGAGACAAGAAACCUACAUGAGACCGAGAGGUACUGGCUUUAGCAGGAGGGCCAGGGAGCCAGUUUCUCCACAAACAGGAGGUUCUGCCUUUAGUGAUUCCUGGAGUGGGACGAGGAAUUAUUCUGACAUGAGUAGAGAAUUAAGCAGGAGUAUGUCUAAUAAGGGGUUGUCUUAUAAAGGAGAUGAUACUACUGUUGCUGGUGAGAUGCUGAAUGAACGAAAUCAAGGAAGAGACAGAGAAACACCACAAGCAAGUAGUUGGGAGAAGCAAAAAAUUGCUGCAAGUUCGGAAAUUGGCGCUAGUAAGACCCAUUCUGUGCUAAAGUCUGACACAAUUUCUUCUGUGUCAGAAAUUUCAGCAGCAUCUCUCUCUACUGCAGUGACACAAUCUGCUGCCUCAAUCAAUGAAACAGAAAAACUGUGGCGUUAUCAGGAUCCAAGCGGAAAAAUCCAGGGACCAUUUUCCAUGGUGCAGCUGCGUAAAUGGAACAACACUGGAUAUUUUCCUGCUAAUCUGAGGAUUUGGAGAGCCACUGAGAGGCAAGAUGAUUCUCUACUUUUGACUGAUGCAUUGGCUGGAAAGUUCCAGAAAGACCCACCGUUGGUGGAUAACAGCUUUCCAAAGGCUCAAGUGGUGCACAGUUCAAAUAUAUCAUCCUCAUAUUCUGGGAAGCCUCAUGGAGCAUCCUUUCAGCAAGGCAUGGAGGGUCAAGUUGGUGAAAGAUCUAACCUCGAUCAAAAUCGUGGAGUUCUGAAUUCACAUUCUAGUCUGGGUUCUUCUGGCCAAUCUGCAGGAGGGAGUUGGAGAUCUCAAGCUGAAAUCAGUCCUGCAGGCAGGCCUUCUACCUUGUCAGUUGAGGUCCCUCAAACUUCUGCAGAUGGGUGGGGUUCUAAUUACCGCAAUGAUUCAACAAAUCUUCCUUCGCCUACUCCAAUCAAUACUACACCAGGUGCGACAAAGGGGCAACCUCAUGAAAGCAAAUGGUUGCACAAUCCUGUUCAGUCAGUUGGUUCUGUCAUUGGAGCUGGUCCAUUCUUGGGAGCCAACGGAGAGCUGCAACCGCCUGCUGCAGUUAUCCCAGAGAGUGCAGCGCGAGGUUCUGAAAGUAAUGGUGCAAGUUCACAUCCUGGAGCGACUCCUGUACCCAAUCCAGAAAAAGGUAUGCUGGUAGGCUCUCUAAAUGCUCUUCAAAUGCAUGUUCAAUCAACAGUGCCGUCAUCCGUUUUGGCUGAUGCUUCAGUGAGCCCGGGUGCUGAUAUUAAGAAUACUGGCACUAAUUUCCACAAUUUGGAUCGGUCUGUGGCUAAUCAUAAUCUUCCAAUUGAAACUCAAGGAUGGGGUUCUGGUUUAGUUCCAAAACCUGAAAUGACCGCUUCAUGCCCGAUACCUGGGAGUGAAUCCCAGGCCUUUGGAAGUGCUCCUUCCCAGAAGGUAGAACCAAAUAAUCCUGCUACCAUGCCUGUGCAACCGCUUGCUCAUGGUCGCUGGGCUGAUGCUCCAUUUAUCCACAAUUCUGCUCCAUCAUUCAGCUCAGGAAAUCCAGUGGGGAGUUUUCCCGCAGCAGGCUUCUCAGGUUUACCUCCAUCUGAACCUUGGAGACAUUCAGGUCCAGGUAAUCAAUCAAACAUUCAGCCUCCAGCUCCACCCACCCUAACUUGGGGCAUGGGUGUUGCAGAGAACCAAACUGCAGGUACAAGACCAGGGCCAGAGAAUCAAACCACAGGUUGGGGUCCAGUGCCAGGAAAUCAUAACAUGGGCUGGGGAGGACCAGUUCCAGCAAAUGCAAACAUAAAUUGGGGUCCUCCUGGUCAGGGGCCCGCACCCGGAAACCCGACUGGAGGAUGGGCAGCACCUGUUCAAGCACCUGGAAACGCAGUUCCAGGUUGGGUCCCUGCCAGUCAAGGGCUUCCUCUGGGAAACACAAAUCCUGGUUGGGUUGCUCCUGGUCAAGUGCCGCCACCCGGAAAUGCAAAUCCUGGUUGGGUGGCGGCACCCACCGGGAAUCCAGGCAACAACACAGACAGGUUCACAAACCAAAGUGUUAGGGGUUCUCACGGUGGAGAGACUGGUUAUGGUGGAGGUAAAGCUUGGAACAGGCAGUCAUCAUUUGGUGGAGGGGGAGGAGGUUCUAGGCCUCCUUUCAAAGGGCAAAGAGUGUGCAAGUUCCAUGAGGGGGGGCAUUGCAAAAAAGGAGCUUCAUGCGAUUAUCUCCACCCUUGAGUCUUUUUUAAAUUUUGUAUAAGUAGAGCAGUUAAUACUGUACAGUAAUUUUUCAAAAAAGCCUUUUGACUUUGUAUAAGCUUUUGUUGCUUUCUUCUACAUAUAUAAGUUAGUGCAGGUUCUAAUCUCCCCCGAUUUUGCUUCA